AUGUUCAUCUGCCGGAUAUCAGCGUCGUCUGCUUCGCUAUUUGAUGCCACAAGGAAUACAGGGGCUAAAGGGCUCUGGAAGGAGAAUCAGAAAAAGUUGCUUCGAAACGAGGAGCCACCAGAAACAGCGUCUGCAGCGCCGUUCCUGAGCGCUUCUGGCGGGACCAUAGCAAUUUCAAAUUCUCAUGGCAAAGGGGUAGAUUAUUACGAUACUUCCACCUCCGUGGCUAGUAAUGACGCAACCGACACUCACGGCCUUUCUUAUUCCCCGCAUGACCACAGUCCAUCUUUCAAGUACUGCGUUCCCUUCCACCUUCUCGUGGUUCUUGUUUGUUCUGGUUCUCUACCUGUCUCACAUCGGCCGGGAGCUGCACAUACGGCUGUGUGGUCCGAACUACACAGCAAGGUGGACAGCGCACCGUUCGUUCCGAAGCUUCCGAGCCUUUUAGACGUUAUGCGUCUUACGGCCGAAGCGAGUUCGAGUUCCCGCCAUCCAUCGACUUUGUUGGUGAACAUUAAUGAAUUUGCUGCUUCUACACCGCAAUAUUCGAAAUACAAGUCGAAUCUGGAUUCCCAAGAUAUUGUGCCGUUCCGAAAAUAUACUUAA